AUGGGAGCUCCAGAAUAUACCGACGAGAAACAGCCAGAUCUCCUUGAGGUGAUUACAGGUGAACACGGCCUGUCUAGCGAAGAGGACUACGACUACGAAGAUCCAAAAAACUACUCCACCAACUUUGUUGACGAGCAUAAUCCCAAAGGGUUGAGAAGACCAACCGAGCACGAGCUGCAGACCUUGAGAAGAGUGAUUGGGAACAUCAGGUACAGCACAAUUAUCCUUUGUCUUUGUGAGUUUGCUGAGCGUGCCUCCUACUACUCCACGACUGGUAUUCUUACCAACUACAUCCAGAGACGAAUUGACCCAAACUCCCCACACGGCUGGGGUGCGCCUCCACCGGGGAACCCCGAUGCUUCUGCUGGUGCGUUGGGUAAGGGGUUGCAGACUGCCUCUGCCUUGACCAAUCUUUUGACAUUCCUUGCAUACGUGGCUCCGUUGUUUGGUGGUUACAUGGGUGACUCGACUAUUGGCAGAUGGUAUGCCAUCCAGUGGGGUGUUUUUUUCGGUUUUGUGGGCCAUCUUUUUUUCAUCUUUGCCAGUAUCCCUGGGGCCAUUCUGAACGCCAACGCAGGUUUGGGUUUAUGUAUCAUUGCUAUCGUCACCUUGUCUGUUGGUACUGGUUUCAUUAAGCCUAAUUUGUUGCCGUUGUUGUUGGACCAAUACCCAGAAGAUACCGAUAUGGUCAAGGUUUUGCCUUCUGGGGAGAAGAUUAUCUUGGAUAGGGAACAAACUUUGUCAAGAUUGACAAACAUAUUUUACUGGAGUAUCAAUAUUGGUAGUAUACUUCUAAGAAAUCUAGUCAAAUAUUCAUUAAAUGAAAAAUAUAUUGCCAUUUUUGAAAUAAAAAUACACAUAACCAUUUCCCAAGCUAAUUAUUGCUCGGUGGAUUAUAGAUAUAGAAACAAAGUUCGUAUUGAACCUGUAGUGGAAAAACUUUCACAAGUAGAAAAUAGUUAG